AUGCGCGACUGGAAUAGCCCUGCAGAGAUUGAACGAGAUGAAGUGUAUCUGACAACGAUCUUAUAUGUCUGCGGUGGUUGCGCAAUCUGGGAGUACAUUACGCAACUCCCUUUCGAGUGGGAUGUCGUCAGAAGAGUGAGGCGAUACCGAUGGACAAUAUGGGUGUACUCUAGUUGUAGAAUAUCCAUGGUUCUCGGCUUCAUACUGCUCAUCGGAGCUGCAAAUGGCUGGUCGAGCCAACGUUGCACGGCGAGUUAUGUUGCAGCCCAGGCUCUGUCGUAUGCUUCACUAGGUCUCGCCUCCCUUCUCAUCGUCCUACGCAUAGUCGCUGUAUGGGAGAGACACAUGGCUAUCGUGAUUGUCUCAUAUGCUAUCUGGCUAAUCGGCGUGGUGCUCAAUGUUCGUGACCUAUCCUUACUUCGGGCAUCAUUCAGCGCGAUUCCCAGGACAUGCGAACCAUACAAUACGAGUAGAUUCCUGCCGAACUCCAUCGGUAUCAUCGGCUCAGAUGUUUCGCUUCUGGCCCUCGUUCUCGUGGGCAUUUUACGCAAGCGAGAGGCACCAAAGUUCGGCGUCGUCCGUCUUCUAUAUCACCAGGGGGUGGUAUGGCUAGCAGCGGCUGUCAUCGUAGAGACUCCUGUACUGAUCUUCUGCAUACUGAAUCUCAAUGCACCUCUUACCCUCUUAUUUCAACCCGUUGAACUAGUGACCCUAGGGAUAUGCGCAGGCCGCAUGUACCGCGGGCUCAUGAGCUACACCCCUGACCAUGGUAGCAAUGAUAUCCCUUUGAGAGAUGUCACUCCUGUGCGACCCUGGUCCUGA